AUGACAGCUCUAUCGCACGCUCUAGACGAGCUCGGUCUGCGGACCAUGUACCACUCCACCCGAGACGUCAAGUUCCUCUGCGCCCAGCGUUUCGUACGACUCUUCGCGUAUGGCGGGUCAACGCUCAUCCUCGCAUCAUAUCUAUCGGCUAUUGGAGUCACGGAUGACCGAAUUGGUCUGUUUAUGACCCUUACACUGGUCGGCGAUGUGGUGAUUAGCUUCUUUCUUACCCUGUUCGCGGACGCGAUGGGUCGCAAGGCUGUGUUGGCGCUGGGAUCGGCGUUGAUGGCUGGUAGUGGCGUUGUUUUUGCGCUGUCUGGGAAUUUUUGGGUGCUCCUUGCGGCGGCGGUGUUUGGAGUUAUUAGUCCAAGUGGUAACGAGAUUGGACCCUUCCGCGCUGUGGAGGAGUCGACUCUGGCUCAUCUUACGCCGCACGAGAAAUUGCCUGAUGUAUUUGCGUGGUACUCGCUGGUUGGAACUGCGGGUACCGCACUCGGUCAAUUGAUCUGUGGGUGGACGAUAAGCUCACUGCAAGACCUGCACGGAUGGGCCUUUAUUCCGUCCUGCCGUAUCAUUUUCUUCGUCUAUGCGGGCGUUGGUCUUGUCAAGCUCAUCCUUACACUUGCUCUGACCCGCAAGGUUGAGACAGCUAAGAAGCAGGAGCAACAGAAUGGCGAAACUCGCCCGCUGCUUGCUGAUCAGGCGCCCGUGGAGCAGCAGCCUGCACCGAAAAAGUCCUUGUUCGCAUCUAUCGAGAAGGAUCUAUGGUCGCUCGUGAUUCGAUUGUUUAUUUUGUUCGGUAUCGACUCGUUUGCGUCGGGGCUGGCAUCUCUAUCCUGGAUGACAUACUUCUUCCACCGCAAGUUCAGCUUGCCCGAGGGCGAACUCGGGACUAUCUUCUUCGUGACGAGCUCUAUCUCUGCGGCAUCAAUGCUAGUCGCAUCCUCGAUCGCUAAGCGUAUCGGCAAUGUGAAGACAAUGGUAUUCACACACUUGCCCUCGGCAAUCUGUCUAGCCCUGAUCUCCGUCCCCAAUAGCUUACCGCUAGCGCUGACAUUCCUCGUCCUGCGCGCAUGUUCGCAAAACAUGGAUGUCGCACCGCGCUCUGCCUUCCUCGCCGCAGCACUGCCCUCUGACAAGCGCACCGCCAUCAUGGGCGCCGUCAACGUGGUGAAAACCACCAGUCAAAGUCUAGGUCCACUGCUAACCGGCAUUCUUGCGCGUAACAACAUGUUUGGCGUGUCGUUUAUCAUCGCUGGUUGUUUAAAGGUUAGCUAUGAUUUGGGCAUGUUGGUGAGUUUUGCGGGGAAGGAGGCGGAGAAGAGGAAGCAGACUGCUCGUGAGACUGCUGGGGAUGAGGAGGAGACUCAGUAG